AUGGCAGGGGACCGCGUGCCCGAGAUCAUGUCGUUCAGAUGCUCCACGGAGAGCACCGCGACUCUCAGUCUCGAGGUAAGCAAUUACCUGCGGAUUAAGGACAUGGGCGUCCGCGAGUCUGUGAGCUCGCCCGUCUUCAAACUCGGCGGCUACGAUUGGGAGAUCAAGUUCUUCCCAGGCGGCCGACACGAUGAAGACGAUGGUUACGCCUCCUGCUACCUGUGGUGUCUCAGCCAAGGCGAUCAUGAUCAUGAUGUGAGCGUCGGCUUGGCGCUGAGCAUGCUACAUAAAAAGAGCCAGGAACCGGUUGUCAGUUUCGUCGUGUCCAAUCGUGUCUUCUCUUCGGGGAAAUACGGUUACUUCAUCUGGGGCCUCCACAAAUUCGUCGACAAGGCAAAGCUGGAAUCGCUGUCACAAGAGGGGGACGGCGGCUGCUUCACCAUACUGUGCGUCCUCACCGUUACCAAUGAGUCGCCGCAACCGCCGAUGGAUCUGCCAGGCGACCUAGAGGGCAUGCUCAGGGGCGAGAGAGGCAUGGAUGUCACCUUCAAGGUAGGCGGCCAGGAGUAUCGUGCACACAGGUUCGUCCUGGCUGCGCGGUCGCCAGUCUUCAGUGCGAUGCUAUUUGGACCGAUGGCGGAGAAGGAUAUGCGAUGCCUGGACAUCGCUGACAUGCAUCCCCUUAUCUUCAAGAAGAUGCUUCACUAUAUCUAUACGGGCUCGCUGCCAAAAUGUGGAGCCUACAGUGCAGCUGAGAUGCAGCAUCUACUGGUUGCAGCAGAUAGGUACGGGCUGGAGACGCUGAAGCUAGGAUGCGAAGAUGAGUUGUGCGAAAAGUUGGAUGCCAAGACCAUAACAACCUCAAUGAAGUUGGCUGAUCAACACGGCUGCAAACGACUCAAGGAUGCAUGUCUCGAGUUUGUAUCCAAAGGGCGCCGUCGACUGCGCCCAAGGGUCGAUCGUCUAAACACCUCUUACUAG